AUGUUGUUCUAUCUGACUCAAGCGCUGUACCAGCGCUGGAACGGCUACACUGGAACCAGUUUGUAUGAGCCGUGGAGUCUGAGUAUGUUCAACACGCUGUUCACCUCGCUCGCUGUGAUCUUCCUGGGUAUCUUCACGAAGGACCUCUCAGCAUCGACACUGUUAGCCGUGCCGGAGCUCUACACCAAGGGUCAAAGGCACGGCGGCUUCAAUAUCCGGCUCUAUCUGGGCUGGUCGUUCAUGGGGACCUGCGAAGCAGUGAUAAUUUUCUUCACGAUGUGGGGUCUCUAUGGCCUGGCAAGAGUCAACCCCAGCGACAACGACAUCUUCUCCCUGGGCCUACUCACCUACUCUGCGUGCAUCAUCGUCAUCAACAUGAAACUCCAAGUCCUGGAAGUCCACAACAAAACCUACCUGUCGCUAGCCGUAGUAAUAAUCUCCGUCGGCGGCUGGUUCAUGUGGGAUCUAAUCCUCGACCGCGAAUACACCAUGUCCUCCGGCAAAGGAAUCUACUUCCUCCCCUCCAACUUCAUCCACCACUCCGGCCACAACCUCCUCUUCUGGACCGUUCUCCUCCUCUCUAUCUCAGCAGUCCUCCUCUUCGAAUUCACAGUCUCAACCCUCCGCGCCCUCUUCUUCCCGACAGAUGUCGACCUCUUCCAAGAAUACGAACAAGACCUCGACAUCCGCAAACGCUUCGAAGAAGCAGCAGCCUCAGAACUCCAGCAGGGCUGGGAUCACGGCACCAAGAGAUCAAGCUUCGAGAUCGCUCGGGAUAACGCCGAAAAGGCUGAGAUGGAUGCUCGAGAACGACAGGUCCGCGAACUGCUCGCCCGUCCGCGCGUCAUGGAUAGAAAGGAAGUCGAGCUCGAGACCGCCAGUGCGACGGUCAGUCAUAACAGCAGUGUGCCGAGUCGCAAUGUUGAGACGGACCGUGGCCGUCAAUCUGGACUCCUCUGUCCCGAGGACGCUAAUGGGCGUCGGCGCUCCGUUGAGAUCCAGGAGCUCUUUAGUAAGGGCUAUGGUGCUGUGCGCAAGGGCCAGCUCAAAUGA